AUGGCCAAGACUCGGUCGCCCCAGAGGAUUCUUGGGAAACACCUUGAUAUUCUUCAGAUGCUGAAGGGAAGAAGGGUACUCUUUUCCUCGACCAGAGGGAUACUCGGUCAUGCACCGUUCAGCACUACCUUGAACGACUACGUUGCGAUUCUCAACAGAUGUCCAGAGCCACUUAUUCUUCGCCACGACUCGCAACAUGGUUCCUACCGGGUCGUGGGGAAAUGCUACGUGGAUGGCUUCAUGAUGGGGGAAGUGAAAGAGGAAGUGGAGAAGGGCAACCUGAAGAUCGAGCGCAUCAAGAUUGGUUAA